AAUUAAUCUUUUGUCUUGAUUCUCUAUUUUUAGCUGAUUCAAUUUUCUGAUUUUUGUUUAAUUUUGGGAGUUUUCUUCAUACGCCGAUUUUUUUUUUUUCCUGAUUUUAUUGAGUUUGAUUUCAGAUGUCUGCGGACAAAUCCGACAAGGAUUCAGAGCCGUUCGUCGAGGUUGAUCCUAGCGGCCGGUACGGACGCUACCGUGAACUGCUCGGCUCAGGUGCCGUGAAAAAAGUGUACAGAGCAUUUGAUCAAGAAGAAGGGAUAGAGGUUGCAUGGAAUCAGGUGAAUCUUCGGAGGCUCUCCGACGACCCGGCUAUGGUCGACCGACUCUACUCGGAGGUCCGACUGCUUAGAACCCUAGCCAAUAAGCACAUCAUCUCGCUUUUUCACGUCUGGCUCGACAAGCAGCAUCAUACCCUGAAUUUCAUCACUGAGGUUUGUACCUCUGGCAAUUUGAGGGCAUACCGGAGGAAACACCGGCAGGUAUCCAUGAAAGCGCUGAAGAAGUGGUCGAAGCAGAUCUUGAAAGGGUUGAAUUAUUUGCAUACCCACGAGCCCUGUAUCAUACAUAGGGAUCUUAAUUGCAGUAAUGUUUUCGUCAAUGGGAACAUCGGUCAGGUCAAAAUUGGCGACCUGGGUCUGGCGGCAAUCGUAGGGAAGAACCAUUCGGCGCAUUCAAUUCUCGGGACACCGGAAUUCAUGGCGCCGGAGCUCUACGAUGAGGAUUACACGGAGCAGGUGGAUAUUUACUCUUUCGGGAUGUGCGUGCUGGAGAUGGUGACUCUGGAGAUUCCAUACAGCGAGUGCGACAGCGUGGCAAAGAUUUACAAGAAGGUGUCAAGUGGGGUGAAGCCGGCGGCGCUGGGGAAGGUAAAGGACCCAGAAGUGAAGGCGUUCAUCGAGAAGUGUCUCGGCCAGCCAAGGGCCAGACCGUCGGCGGCGGAGCUCCUCAAAGACCCGUUCUUCAAGGAAGUUGACGAUGACGAAAAUGAUAGCUAGGAUAGUGUAUUAACUUUCUUCACGGUGAAGAAUUACGUGCGUUGCUUUUUAUUUUUUUUACUUAGAAAAUUGUUUCUGGGCGUUUUUAUUUGUUUUUUUAUACGUCUGUGGUGUCGAUUAGGUUGGGAAUUGUUUUUUUUUUUUUUUUAAUUCUAGAGAUUCAUAUUUCUAGGUCGACUGUAUUUAAAAUGUACUUUAAUUUAAAUAAUAUUUUUUAUUUUUG